CUGAAAUAUUGUGGCAAUAUUUCAAUUGCGCAUGAGACACUUUCUCAGUCGAAUCUCUAAUUCUAUGUAAGCCUGUCCCGCUCUUCCGUCAUGCCUCGAUAAGAUAAGGCCCGCGCUUUCGAUAAGAUACCCGCCCAAAUAGUGAGAAAUCCGAGCAGUAUCGCGGUGAAAUCCACGGAGUUGUGCAGGUUGCAGUGAAAAAAUAAUCGAGUCCAAAUCGUUUUCAUUGUUCACAGCGAAGGUGAGCAAAUGACCAAAUAUGCCUCUUCCGGCUGUGAAUUGCUCAUGGAACAUUCAUUGAUUCGGCGGGUGGGCAAAAGUGCAAUUACAGACUGAGGGUCGCAGAAAGGAAGGGGGGAGAAAAGGGCUCUGAGUGGCAGGUGAAGUGUGUGAACUCCGCAGACACAUAUUUGUUCCGUGAGACAAAAGGACAUGGAGCGAGUGUGGACAAUUGUCCUGACUUUGUUGGCAAUUCUCGUGGCACACUGUGCAGCAAUUGCUGCCUUUUGUCCACCCGACAGGGACAUCGCGCCCAUUUCCGGGGACAAUGACGACUCCCCGGCCAGCUUCUGUGAUUGCCACAUGGCGCACACGGCCCCCUGGGGCCUCCCCGCCGUCACCAUCGACUGCCAGGGGCGGGAGUUGCUCAGCGCCGACUUGGAGGACCUCUUGCUCCCCGUGGCCGCCGAGGAGCUCACGCUGGCGUGGAACAAUCUCACCAGCGCACCCACAUUGUCCGCCAACCAGCACCUUCGCACUCUCACUCUCGCGCACAACGCCAUCGCCUCCGUCGAGGGGGCGCCGUUCGCCCGGCUGCCCAACCUGCGCCUGCUGGACCUCAGCUCCAACGACAUCGCCACGCUCAGCGACGACGCCUUCGAGGGCCUGCCGCACCUGGAGCACCUGAGCCUCGCCCGAAACCGGCUCAAGGGUCUGCCCAGCAACGUCUUCAGCGGCCUCUUCGUCCUCGGCCACCUCAGCCUCUCCGAGAAUCCGCUGGCGGACUUUCUCUCGCAGGAAAACCUCUUCAGCUACACUGGCAUCACGAGAGACCUGAAGACUCUCCAAGUGGCGAAAUGUAACCUAAGCAAGAUUCACCUGGACGAGGAUUGGCCCGUAUCGAAGCUAGUGCUGAGCUCCAAUCUCUUCCAGGGCGUUCCGGACAUUCCCAUUUCCGUGCGCAGCCUCGAUUUUGGCGGCAACCUGCUGAAGCGCAUUGAGCCGGACACUUUCCCGCCCCUGCCAGAACUGGAGGAGCUUCAGCUGGACAACAUGAGGCUUCUGAAGACCGUCAAAGCAGACGCCUUCCUGUCUGUGUCCAGCAAACUCCGUCGCCUGAGCCUCGAGGGCUGUCGCAAUCUCACCGCCUUCGAUGUCUUCGCUCUGGGCAACAGCACGCGCGACGAGUAUCCGCUGCCGCUCCAGGAGGUGAGUCUGCGCGGCUGUCGCCUGCGGAAGAUCCCUGCGAUCACGUUCAGCCGCGCCGAGAACCUCACAAGAGUGCAGCUGGCGGGAAAUCCGCUCACGUGCGAUUGCGACGUGGAGUGGAUUCACGAUCUCGAUCACGACACGGGCGCGCAGUGUGGCCUUCCGGUGAUCCUGCGCGGCACGCUGAUCGCGGAGCUGGACAUGGAGCAGUUCCACUGUGACACGGUGAAGUCGUGGUUCUACAACAUCCUCAACGGACUCAUCGUGUUCGUGCUGCUGUGCGUGUGCGGCGUGGCCAUCUACUUCAUUGUCAUGCGCCUGAAACCGUCCCGACGCCACGCGGUGCAGAAGCUGGCCAUGGCCAGUCCCUACGCCAGAGUCACGAUCCAGCCCAACCGCGCCGAGCACCUCUGAUUCCUCUCUUGUCCGCUGAGAAGUCCAAUAAAAUGCACGCGAAGUAGAAA